AGCGGUUUAGGCGGGAUACAGACGUUCGAAUGUGGUGGCGUAACGGCCGUUCAGUUUAGUGUAUUGUAGGAAAGCGGGGAGUGAGGAGUUCCUGUGUUAGAUUCGGGAUUUUUUUUUGGUGGUUUUGGGUCUUAUUAUCAAACGUCAAACAUGGAGACAGAUCCUCUGCAGCCUCUUGAGAACAAAACUGUGGGUAAAGUGAAGAAAAGUGAUAACAAGCGUCUCUCUGUAGAGCGAAUUUACCAAAAGAAGACCCAGUUGGAGCAUAUAUUGCUCCGUCCAGAUACCUACAUUGGUUCUGUGGAGCCUGUUACACAGCAAAUGUGGGUAUUUGAUGAAGAUGAAGGACUGAAUUGCAGAGACGUAACAUUUGUCCCUGGCUUGUAUAAAAUCUUUGAUGAAAUACUGGUGAAUGCAGCCGAUAAUAAACAGAGGGACCCCACCAUGUCCUGCAUAAAGAUCACCAUAAACCCAGAGAGUAACACAGUGAGUGUGUGGAAUAACGGGAAGGGAAUUCCUGUUGUUGAACACAAAGUAGAGAAAGUGUUUGUCCCUGCCCUCAUAUUUGGCCAGUUGCUGACUUCCAGUAAUUAUGAUGAUGACCAGAAGAAAGUAACUGGUGGUCGUAAUGGAUACGGUGCCAAACUCUGUAAUAUAUUCAGUAACAAGUUUACUGUUGAAACUGCAUGCAGAGAGUAUAAGAAAGUAUUCAAGCAGACUUGGACCGACAACAUGUCGGAUGCAGCAGAUGCAAAGAUUAAGCCAUUUGAUGGGGAAGACUACACUUGCAUCACUUUUCAGCCUGAUCUGAGCAAGUUUAAAAUGCAGAUAUUAGACAAAGAUAUUGUGGCCCUAAUGUCCCGCAGAGCUUACGAUGUUGCUGGCUCUUCUAAAGGAGUAAAGGUUUUCCUAAAUGGGAAGAGACUUCCAAUAUCUGGCUUCCGAAGUUAUGUUGAUCUGUACCUGAAAAAUAAACUUGAUGAAACGGGUAAUCCAUUGAAGGUAAUGCACGAGCUGGUGAAUGAUCGCUGGGAAAUUUGUUUGACCAUGAGUGAAAAGGGCUUCCAGCAGAUCAGCUUUGUCAACAGUAUUGCAACCACAAAAGGUGGCAGGCAUGUUGAUUAUGUCGCAGACCAGAUUAUUGCCAAACUUAUUGAGGUUGUGAAAAAGAAGAAUAAAGGUGGGAUCGCUGUGAAACCUUUUCAGGUGAAAAAUCAUAUGUGGGUUUUUGUGAAUUCCCUGAUUGAAAAUCCAACAUUUGACUCUCAGACCAAGGAGAAUAUGACUUUGCAGUCUAAGAGUUUUGGAUCCAAAUGUACGCUGUCGGAGAAAUUUAUUAAAGGUGCAACAAACUGUGGAAUUGUGGAAAGCAUUCUAAACUGGGUCAAAUUCAAAGCACAGACUCAACUAAAUAAAAAAUGUUCCUCAGUGAAGCACACAAAGAUCAAGGGCAUUCCUAAACUGGAUGAUGCAAACGAUGCUGGCAGCAGAAACUCCCUGGACUGCACACUUAUUCUAACUGAAGGAGACUCAGCCAAGACAUUGGCUGUGUCUGGUCUUGGUGUGGUGGGAAGGGACCGGUAUGGUGUUUUCCCACUUAGAGGCAAGCUUCUCAAUGUCAGGGAGGCCUCUCACAAGCAGAUCAUGGAGAAUGCUGAAAUAAACAACAUCAUUAAGAUCGUGGGUCUGCAAUAUAAAAAGAAUUAUGAUGAUAACGAGUCCCUAAAGACACUCCGUUAUGGAAAGGUCAUGAUUAUGACAGAUCAGGAUCAAGACGGCUCCCAUAUCAAAGGCUUGUUGAUCAACUUUAUCCACCACAAUUGGCCAUCUCUGCUGAAACAUCGAUUUUUGGAGGAAUUUAUCACGCCAAUCAUCAAGGUCACAAAAAGCAAACAGGAGCUUUCAUUUUAUAGUAUCCCUGAAUUUGAGGAAUGGAAGAACAAUACUGACAGUCACAAAACAUGGAAAAUAAAGUACUACAAAGGUCUGGGUACCAGCACAUCUAAAGAGGCAAAGGAAUACUUCUCCGAUAUGGAGAGACAUCGAAUUCCCUUCAAAUAUGAGGGCCCUAUCGAUGAUGCUGCGAUCACCUUGGCCUUUAGCCGAAAAAAGGUGGAUGACCGUAAGGAAUGGCUGACCAACUUCAUGCAAGACCGCAGGGAAAGGAGGCUGCAUGGCUUGCCAGAGGAAUACCUCUAUGGAAAAUCCACAAAAUAUUUAACAUUCAAUGACUUUAUUAAUAAGGAACUGAUUCUGUUCUCAAACUCGGACAAUGAAAGAUCCAUCCCUUCCCUGGUUGAUGGUUUGAAACCUGGGCAGAGGAAAGUGUUGUUCACUUGCUUUAAAAGAAAUGAUAAGCGUGAAGUUAAGGUGGCCCAGUUGGCUGGUUCUGUGGCUGAAAUGUCUGCAUACCAUCAUGGUGAGACUUCUCUAAUGAUGACCAUCAUCAACUUGGCACAAAACUUUGUCGGAAGUAACAACGUCAGCCUCUUGCAACCAAUUGGUCAGUUUGGCACUAGGUUGCAUGGUGGCAAAGAUGCUGCCAGUCCUCGAUACAUCUUCACCAUGUUAAGCACCCUGGCUCGACUACUUUUCCCUGCAAUGGAUGACAGUGUCUUAAAGUUUAUGUAUGACGACAACCAGAAGGUUGAGCCAGAGUGGUACAUUCCCAUCAUACCCACAGUUCUGGUGAAUGGUGCAGAGGGUAUUGGCACAGGCUGGUCGUGCAAAAUUCCCAAUUACGACACCCGUGAAAUUGUGAGCAAUAUUGGUCGUUUGCUGGAUGGACUUGAGCCUCUGCCAAUGCUUCCCAGCUAUAAAAAUUUCAAAGGUUUGAUUCAAGAACUUGGGCCAAACCAGUACAUUCUGAAUGGUGAGGUGUCUGUGCUCGAUAACACAACUAUAGAAAUCUCGGAACUUCCAGUCAGGACGUGGACUCAGAAUUAUAAGGAGCAGGUUCUAGAGCCUAUGCUAAAUGGCACAGAGAAAACACCACCUCUGAUCACAGACUAUAAGGAGUACCACACCGACACCACUGUGAAGUUUGUGGUCAAACUGACUGAGCAAAAGCUAAUGGAGGCUGAAGCUGCCGGGCUUCACAAAGUCUUUAAGCUGCAGACACCUCUCACGUGUAAUUCUAUGGUGCUAUUUGACCACGUUGGGUGCUUGAGGAAAUAUGAAACAGCGACUGAUAUCUUGCGGGAAUUUUUUGUCCUUCGACUUAAGUAUUAUUCUCUAAGAAAGGACUGGCUUGUAGGCAUGCUAACUGCUGAGGCCUCCAGACUUUCCAACCAGGCCAGAUUCAUCUUAGAAAAAAUAGAGGGCAAGAUCGUCAUAGAAAACAAACCAAAGAAAGAGCUUAUACAGAUGCUUGUCCAACGAGGAUACGACUCGGACCCCGUCAAGUCCUGGAAACAAACUCAGGAGAAGGAAGAAGCCGGUGAACUGUUAGAAGAAGAAGAAACAGAAGUCAAUACAGCUGGGCCUGAUUUCAAUUACCUUCUUGGCAUGCCUUUGUGGAACCUGAGUAAAGAAAAGAAAGAUGAGCUGUGUAAGCAGAGAGACGUCAAGAACGCAGAGCUUCAGGACCUGAAAAAGAAAUCACCUUCUGACUUGUGGAAAGAAGACCUUUCUGCAUUUGUUGAGGAGCUAGACCGUGUAGAAGCCAAAGAAAGGGAAGAACAGUCCGUAACAACAGGCAAAGUGGUUAAAGGAAAGAGUGGGAGACCGCAAGUAAAGAAAAUGCAAUUGCAGGAAAUUAUGCCAUCUCCACAUGGCAGGCGUGUUGUCCCUAAGGUCACAACAGCCAUGAAAGCGGAAGCCACCAAAAAGAUGAAAAAGAGAAUUAAGGGUGAGGAUGUUGCUAAGAAGAUGGAUUUCGAAGACGAUGGUGAAGGAGACAGCUUAAAUUCACCAGAACAAAGUCCAGAGAGCCUAACGCUUGCCGAAAGAUUAAGCAAAAAAGUUAAAAAAGAGCCAGGCGCAAAGGCUGUCAAAGACAAGAAGCAGGCAACGUUACCCUUCAAGCCAGUAAAAAAAGAGGCAAAGAGCACAUUCCAGGAUUCAGAGAGCGAGUCCGAGGAAGAAGUGGUGCCACGUGCUGCUCAGCCACGCCGCAAUGUUGCAGCUAAAGUGAACUAUAUGUUGAGCUCUGAUGAAGACGGUGAAGAAGAGGGAAGCGGCAUAAAGAUGCCUCAGGAGAAGAGUGACAGUGAAUUCAGUGAUUUCAACCCAAAAUCUGAUUCAGAAGAUGAAUCCUUUGUAGUUGCAAAGCCAGCCAAAAAGCCCAGAGCUGCGCCCAAGAAAGCUAAAAAGAUUGAAAGCCCAGAAAACUCUCCACAGAAAGACAAAGCAGCUCCAGUAAUUGCAUUAGAUGAAGAUGAGGAUACUCCCAUAAUGACCAGUGCUCCCAGCGCCCCUGCACCGGCUCCCAGUGCCAAAGUGUCAAGUGCUAAAGUGGCAGAGAAGAAACCUGCACCUAAAAAACGAGUCCAGAAACCGAAGACUGCUAAAGUGAACUAUAUGUUGAGCUCUGAUGAAGACGGUGAAGAAGAGGGAAGUGGCAUAAAGAUGCCUCAGGAGAAGAGUGACAGUGAAUUCAGUGAUUUCAACCCAAAAUCUGAUUCAGAAGAUGAAUCCUUUGUAGUUGCAAAGCCAGCCAAAAAGCCCAGAGCUGCGCCCAAGAAGGCUAAAAAGAUUGAAAGCCCAGAAAACUCUCCACAGAAAGACAAAGCAGCUCCAAUAAUUGCAUUAGAUGAAGAUGAGGAUACUCCCAUAAUGACCAGUGCUCCCAGCGCCCCUGCACCGGCUCCCAGUGCCAAAGUAUCGAGUGCAAAAGUGGCAGAGAAGAAACCUGCACCUAAAAAACGAGUCCAGAAACCAAAGACUGAGGACAGACAGCCGUCGAUUUUGGAAGCUCUAAGUAAGCCAAAACCAUCAAAGUCUAAAUCAACUGCAAAGAAACCUUCAUCUGAUUCAGAGGAUGCUGCUCCGGUCCCUAAAAAGGCAGCGAAGGCAACUAAACCAAGAAAGAGGAAGAACUCUGAUAGUGAUUCCGGCUCUGAUUUCGGGCCAAAGAAGAAAAGCAAAUCUACAGCAGCGAAGUCAAAGCCAGCGGAAAAUAAAAUAACCAUUGAAUUCUCCGAUUCAGAUUGUGACAUGGAGAAUAUUGUACCCCGUGCCAGAACCGGUCGGCAAACGAAACCCGUGACCUACCUAGAGGAUUCGGAUGACGACCUGUUUUAACAUUAAGCUCUUGAAAAGUUUUUUGUGUGUAUAUAAAGCAACUUUCUGCUUUUUUAAAUGGCCGCGCACUUCUAGCAUUUAAAGACCUUUACUAGUACUGUAAAUGAAACCUGGCUUGUUUGCAUUUUAAACUGGGUUUUAAUUAACCAGAACUUUUUAGUUCUCCUCUUGAUUUCACUCCUGUGGUUUAGUUUCCCAAUCCCUCUGUGUAAGUUAAAUAUCCCCUUCCAGAAUCCGCAGUUUGUCAUUGCUUCUAUUUUCAAUUUGGCACUGGAAGAGUCUUAAGGCCCCCCCAUACACGGGCCAAUUCUAGUUGCCGAUUUGGCAGCUAAUCAGCCCAUGUUUGGGCACUCCCGGCGGGCCUGCCCGACCAAUAUCUGGCCUGAAAUCGGCCUGAUCUCGAUCGGGCAGGUUUGAAAAUCUAGUCGGAUCAGAGACCGCGUCGGCUCGUUGAUGCGGUCCCCGGACCGACUCUGCCUAUGCCCGUCAUUAUAAUACGAUCGUUUGGCCCCAGGGCCACCCUGGAUUCUCCCGAUAUCGCCCACCCGUAGGUGGAGAUAUCGGGAGAAGAUGUCGCCAAGCGAGCGGAUCUGCCAGUGUAUGGAGACCUUUAGGGGUUUUUUCUAUUGACUUGUCUGGGGGCAGAGGGGGCAGUGUUUGGUGGCAGUCAGUGUGGCUUUUUAUCCCUUUGCAAUAGGUGUCACACAAGGGUUAAAGCUGAACUGAUUUAGCCAACGCAAGCUUAAAACUAACGAGCCUUGCCGUAAUUUGGCCACGCAGCCUGUUUCCUUGUGUAAGAUAUGUAAAUUGAGAUUAUCACCUUUUCUGUCUAAAAUAAUAUUUUGCUCUUAACAUAGUUUACAUUUAAUAGGCACCUACUGCAGCAGUUAGGCUAAUGGCACACACAGGGCUUGUUUCUCCAACUGCACGGAUCCACUUUCUGCAUGGAGUGCCCUGGCAAUGCCCUGUGUGCACAAGGAGCGGAUUUCUGCACGAAAACGCAAAGGUAUGCAUUUUCACACCAAAAUUCAUUGUGUGCACACAGGCUGACAGUGGGUGGGUGUAGAUCCACUCACUGGCGGUUUCUGCACCCCCAUGUGUGACAUAAGCGUUAAAUGUCUCCUACUGUGUAAAUUCUACUCAGUUACUAAAAUAUAUGUAUUAAGUAUCUGCCAUAAAUGGAGAAUCCAUAUAACGCUGACUGCCCCUCCCCCCCAGCAAAUUUCAAAUUCCUUAUAGCAAAUUAAAUGAUCCUAUUUGUUACUGAUUUUUAGAGUCUUGCCCUUUUAUAUCGUAGGAAGGAUUUGUGGCUAUUUGUGUGCUUUGUAACAUUUUUAUCCAAGUGAUUUAUUGAAUCCCCACUGUACAUAAACAUUCCCCCUGUCUGUCCUUUGUACAUAUUUUCUAUGUACCUGUACGUUAUUUGUAAUAAAGGUUUUGUUCUAGUAAA